UCUGUUUUCAACCGAAGCAAUUCCAUUAGAGGCCAAAUGUGGGAUUCCCCUGUGGGUUUACGUCGGUCGUUGUCAUUUCCAGGAUUUCGGGACAAUGCUAUGCCACUCGAUUUGCGAAUAACUUCUUAUCAUCGUGAAUGAAGAACAAAAAGUGCUGGAUGAUGCAUGCUGCUUUUUGUCAGGGUUCAGUUCAAUAGUGAAAGUGGCAUAGGAGAGGUGUUAACAUGCGCGCACUGCGGUUAGUUUGGACAGUUGCAGCUUUCAUAACUUGCUGUCACUGUCAGGAUAGAGGACUAAUUAUUUUCGGCCCUAAAAAUAUACAUCCCAAAAGUGAGUUUACAAUCGUGGUCACCAAUGUUCUCAACAAAAGAGUACGAUUGCAAGCAACCCUCGAAAAUACACAAAACUCAUCGAUGCUGCGACAAGUAAAAACUUAUAAUUUCGAACGACAGGCCUCUAAAAACUUAACAUUCAAAGUGGAUUAUUUAAACAGAAGUGAUGAUUAUCAGUUGGAAGUGAAGAGCCUAGACAAUACUUUCAGCUUCAUUGAGCACAUUAAUUUGGAAUAUGAAGCCAAAACUGCAAUAACACUUAUCGAAACUGACAAACCAGUGUAUAGUCCGGGCGAACAACUACGCUUCAGAAUUAUUGUAGUCGAUACUUACACAAAACCGGUGACAAGCAUCGAUAGUGUUGAAGUUUCAAUCAAAGAUUCGCAUAACAAGGUGUUCAGGAAAUGGCCAUUCGCUAGAUUACACAAUGGCGUAUUUGAAUCGACCGCACAAUUAUCAUCAUCCACUGGACUCUGGUCGUUAACGGUACUUGUGGACGGCGUUGAAGAACGCAAACACUUCGAAGUAAAGGAGUACGUCCUGCCUAAGUUUUUUGUUAUGGCUACCCCGUUAAAUCCAAUUUUGUUUGAUGACAGUAUAAUUUCGAUCAUGCUAGAAACAGCAUACACGUUCGGUCAUCCAGUGGAAGGUCGUUACAAAGUUAAACUGACCAUUGAUGAUGAACCAGAUCACAUUGCAAAGGGUCAAAUCAACGGAAAAACUACUGUUGACUUUCGUUUGAAAAAUCAAGUGUAUAUGCAUGGCGAUUCUGAACUCACUCAUGCUACCCUGAUGGUUGAAGUUCAGGCAACGGUAUCAAAUGAUACAGUUAACAUAACUGAGUUACUACCAAUAUAUCGGUAUCCUUACAAUAUGACAAUCCCAUCAAAAAAAUCAUUCAGACGAGGCUAUCAGGUAUCAGAAGGCCGGCUCCAGAGGCACGUUAUCCUCCAUUUGGGACAUUUGUGCCAUCGCCAAAAUAACAGCCUAUUUCAUCAUCUACCUGAGGGAAAAGGAAGGAAAAAGGAUUUGCAUGGGGAUAGGGACAGAUGAUACAGUUAACAUAACUGAGUUACUACCAAUAUAUCGGUAUCCUUACAAUAUGACAAUCCCAUCAAAAAAAUCAUUCAGACGAGGCUUGUCAUAUGCAAUUCCGUUGAGUGUUAAGGAUCAUCUUGCACGACCUGCUGGUGCGGACAAACCAAACCAUGCUUCGAUAACAGCUGAUUUUGGCACUUCCAACAAAAACUACAAAAUCCAGCUGGACAAAUACAGAGAAGGAAGCUUAAAGCUGGACGUGCCUUCGAAUGCUGAAGCUCUGAUUAUAACGGGUGAAUAUGAUGGGAAAAUCUAUCAACUACUUGACAUUGACGACAUUCUCGUGGAGCAAUCGGAAAGUAAUAUGUACAUAUCAGUCAGCAUUGACCCCAACUACAGAUAUAUCAGGGUAAACAGUGUUGCGCAAUUCACUGUUACCAGUACCGAAAAGAUAUCGUACAUCGCGUACAUCGUGGUUUCCCGUGGAAAUAUCAUCAAAUACUCCUAUAUGCAAGUCCGCAGCAAGACCAAUCAUAAUCUGAGAGUCACAAUGACACCCGAAAUGUCUCCAGAAUCCAGACUGAUAGUGUAUUAUAUCAAAAAUGAUUAUGUAGUGUACGAUGACGUUGAACUCAAGUUUGACAAGUUCAAUAAUAAUUUCGCAAUAACAAUGAAUAAAGAAAGUUUUGUCCCAGGGGAAAGCAUUUGCUUGACGGUGCAUGCUGCCAAGGACUCAUAUGUUGGAUUAAGCGCCAUUGACCAGAGUGCUUUACUGCUGGGGAAAACUCGACAUAAUUUCGACAGGAAUGAUGUGCUACAUGAACUGACUGAGUAUGGAAAAACGGAUAAUGCAAAUUCGUUUGACCCGAUACAUAGUUUUGGACUAUUCCUUAGAUCGACGGCAAAUACAGAUGGACCAUCACCGCGAACUGGCAUGAGCCGUUAUGGAAGCUCGAUUUUUAAUGAUAGGCGCAGAGCAAAACACAUUCGCACGCAGUUUAUGGAGACGUUUCUGUGGCUAAACUUCACCAUGAAUGGAAAAGAAACCAAACAGACAAUAGAGGUCCCAGCUCCAGAUUCAACAACAACGUAUUUUGUUUCUGGGUUUGCUUUGAGUCCUACCAUGGGACUUGGGCUGAUCAAACAACCGCUGAAAUUCAUUGUCAAAUCAAAAUUUUAUCUGGAUGUCAGUCUUCCCUACUCGGUCAAGCGUGGUGAAGUACUUGUGGUGCGAGCAAUAGUAUUUAAUUUCCUUCAGCAUAAAUUAACGACCCAAGUUACGCUAUACAGCAAGAGGGAUCAGCUCGAGUUCGUGGAAAAAUCAUCAAACGAUCCUUCUUACAGAUCAAAAGCAGUGAUCGCCCUACCAAACAACGGAACUUCGGUGUCGUUUAUGGUGAAAGCAAAACAAAUCGGACUGGUUGCAGUCAAACUAGUAGCAGAAUGUCAAUUAGCUUAUGACGGCAUUGAACAUAUGUUGCGGGUUACACCGGAGAGUCAUGAGUAUGAAAAAUCCGACAGCGAAUACAUUGAAAUGCCAACUUACAACACGGUGACCUACGAUUUUAUACUGGAUGUACCGGCGGCAAUAGAUGCAGGAUCUUUGAAGAUCUUCUUUACCGUGGACCCACAUCUUAUUGGAAAAGUGAUUGAAAACCUGGGAGAUUUGAUUCGACUGCCAUCUGGAUGUGGAGAACAAAACAUGGUUCACCUUGUGCCGAACAUUGUCAUAUUAGACUACCUCAAGGAAACGAAAAAGUUGGAAGAUACCGUUAAAUCGAAAGCCAUAGACUAUCUGAUCAAGGGGCUUCAGAAUCAACUUAAAUACAAGCGCAAAGAUGGUUCUUUCAGCGUUUGGGAACACUCCGAGAAAGGCAGCACGUUCUUGACAGCUUUUGUGGCCAAAUCAUUGAAAAUAGCAGCGAAGUACAUUGAGGUGGAUAAGGCAAUCGUAAAUGAUGCUUUUGAUUGGUUGGUGGAAAAGCAGCUUCCGGAUGGUCAAUUUCCGGAGGUGGGAACUAUUAUUAGCCAGGAAAUUCAAGGUGGACUAUCAUCAUCGAGAUUUGCUCUUACGGCAUACGUUCUAAUUGCUUUAGUGGAAAACCAGGAAGUUCGAGAAAAAUACCGAGUAAAUGUUGAUCGGACUGCUGAUUAUCUGGGAAAUAAUAUGAAAAUUAUUGUUGAUGAAUAUGAUCUGGCAUUGGUAACAUAUGCAUUCUUUUUGAUAAACGAUAGUCGGAAAGAGAUUUUUCUGAAGAAGCUCAUGGAACCCUCCAUAUACGACGGAAUCGCUAAUGAGCGAUAUUGGAGCAAAGAACCAGUCCAGAUCGAAAUAGCCGGAUAUGCUCUUUUAACAUACCUACUGAAUGACAUGGCUGCCGAUGCCACGCCCAUUAUGCGUUGGCUGAGCAGGCAGCGAUACGCUCGCGGAGGCUUUGAAGGAACCCAGGACACCUUUGUUGGGCUGAAAGCUUUGGCGACACUCGCCGCGGCUGUAUCAACUAGAAGAAAUGACUAUCGUAUUACUAUUUCUAAGAAAAAUAGUUUUACUCAUAGCUACGAUAUUUUACGUAAAUUUGAUGUAGAUUCUACGCAUGAUUUGGUAGCUCAGACCGAAAAAAUUUCCGAUGAUCAGAUGAUCCGCAAUCUGCGUGUGGAGGUCAAUGGCAUCGGUUACGGUGCAAUACAAGUGUCUUAUGAGUACUAUCAAAACAUUAUUGUCCACAAGAACCCUGAGUUUACUAUAGAUGUGCAAACGUUGCCUACAACUACCAAUGAUGCGAUGCGUUUGAAAAUUUGUGUGGCAUAUAAUAAAAAGACAACACAGGAAAGGUCAAAUAUGGCCUUGGUGGAGAUCUUUCUACCUAGUGGAUUUAUUUUUGAAAUGGAUGCUGUAGAAGAUAUAGCUAUGCGAAUAAAGAAAGUGGAGCGACGCUUUGGUGACACUUCUCUGGUAAUAUACUAUGAAUACUUGACCUCAAUGGAAUCCUGCUUUAAAGUGACUGCCAAACGCCAUUUCAAAAUUGCAUUUCAUUUGCCUUCAUAUGUUACGGUUUAUGACUAUUAUGAUAGAAAAAAGUUUGGCAUUAAACAAUAUGAGGGAAAGGUAAUGCAGCUUUGUGACAUUUGCGAAGAUACAGAUUGCCGAACAUUGUCUUGUGAAAAUAAAUUGAACAAUUAAAAAAAGUUAGAAUGACGUAUUGGUUUUCAAUUACUGACUCCCUUAUUUUGAAUGCUUUUUUCUACAUCCUUCCUCUUCUCUGUAGUACCACUCAGAAAAAAAAUCCUUGACUUUUUUACUAUGGAUCCCUUGCAGUCCAAAUCACGAAAAAAUAUGCCAUUUUUGACUCGAUAUUUUUCAAUUUGAAUAAGGUUUAGUUCAUGCACUGGAUUUCGUAAAUCAUUUACUUUUGCAUCAAUGCAUAGCCAUUUUUCCUCACCUAACUUUUGAAAAGGGCGUAAGGACAAAGCA